UUUCACAGUGCAUCAAAAAAAGACAUGAAAUGACACUGGUACGAUUAUUACGUUUAAGCUUUACUGCUAUUUAUACACUGUUAUGUUAUAAGUAAUUCAUUGUAGGCGAAACGACUUUGAUCGUGUAGGCGAAUCAACCAGAGUGUAGGUGAAACGACUUGUAGGCGAAACGACCGGUUUCCGUGUAAUAUUUGCGUACGAUAUCGUCGUCGAUUUAGAAGCAAUGAUCAUAAUUGCAAUUAUCACUAAAACUCGAUUGUUCUACCACAUUUAUCUGCUUUUAAAUACUUUAGAGUAAAAGCUCACACGCCUUCUUUUCUUUUGGUGGUAUUGACUUUCUCGACGUAGAAUUUGUGCGCGUGAAUUUUUACAGCAUGGGUGACACAGUCGUUGUAUGCCUCGCAAAUUAUUCACGGCACCUGAAUAUUGAGUUUUGUUGUUCGGUGUAGCUUGGACUUGUGAAAAAAGACACAAAUCAUUGGCAGAACAUUAAUAUAAACUAUACAGUAACAUCAGAAGCCCUCUGAUCGGAAGCAAUAAAGGUGCUUCAGGGUUUGAGAGGUUUCACACUUCUGCAUUACCGAGUUUAUAAACAAGUAGCAAAAUUGCUUCGCUAGCACAUUUUUUUAAAGUUUAAAACACAGUGCUCAUUUUAGUACCCUUUGUAAUAGCACUGUAGCCCCUAUAGCUUCAGUUGGUAUAAGCUUAUGUUGUGUUUGAUAUAAUUAAAUAUGCCUAACUGAUUGUAACUGAAAUAUUAUUUCCCAUAGAGAAAAUAGCAAUGUAUAGCCCGGAUGCCACAUUUUCCAUAGCAAUUACUUCACUUAACUCUUAACUUGAUUUAUAAUGGCAUUGAUUUAUUUUAUUUUGUUAUUUUGCCACACAGAAUAAAUUACAAGUAGAGUAAAAAAGCUAAUAAAUAGGUUAAUUAAUACUAAAUUUAAAAUGAGCAUACUACUUGGAGGGAGUGACUGUGCUGGGGAAAAGAAAAAGGACAUAUAAGUGUGUUUAGAGAAAAAUAUAGAUAUAAGGUGUUAAGGUAUUUAGGUUGUCUGACCCUCAAAAAUGGUUUGAUCACACGCUUGGAUAUAUUAAAAGUUGGGGCGUUUCUGAUGUUGUUCGGUAAUGAAUUCCUUAUUCUAGGACCUUGAAACAGGACCAAAAAUUUUUUAAUAUUUGUCUGUAGUACAGGUAUGAGGUUGGUAAAAGUCAGAGUAUCUUGUUGAAUAUUGAUAAAUCUGAUUUCCAGUUUGAAAGAUUUGAGUAAGCAGUAGGUAAAGCGUCAUGAUGAUAUAGGUACAUGAAAGAACUUACUUGGAGUGAGUAGAUACUAAAAACAUCAAGAAUUUUCAAAUUUGCAAACAAAGGUUUACGUGAAGCCUCUGCAAUCAUAUACAUGCUUUAAACAAAAUCUUCAUAUCAUCCUUAAUAAUAUAAAUAAUGUUACAGUUGCCGCCUCACAGACUUUCCUCAGACAUUUGCUUGUUUCUCAAUGAAGUUUGAGGAUAUUGGUUUCUUUGUUGCAGAUACUCCUUAGAAUAGAUGACAUCCAUCUAGCAAUAUUUUUGGUGUAUUAAUUGUUGCAUUUACUUUGUUCAUUUUCAGUCAGAAAGUCAUCUAUUUCAUUGUUGGAAAGGUGUGAACAUCAUUUUUUUCUUUUCGUUCGCUCAGGCAUAAACACCUAGUCUGCCGUGCCACUGCCUGGAAACAAGGUUGAUGAAUGGGUAAUAAGGCAAUUAGCAGUAAUGCAACAAAUUGAUGUCGAGUUAUUGCCUACAGCAUGUCUUCCAAAUAAAUAUUUAUGGUAAGUGCCAGUAGGUUAAGAAGAGUUAGCCAGCCGGGAUUUCUAAUCAGAAACAGCAAGAUACAAUGUAUUUUGAAUGAAUAAUAGCGCUAAUUAUUGCUUUCUCACCCAAGUUAACUGACUUCCUAUUUGAACAUGACUUAUUUAUUAGUAAGGUUUAAAACUGGACUAUUCUUAAUUAGAACUUUUCCUACAAAAGCCCCGUAAAACAUGUACAUGUGUAACAUAAUAUACUGUGAAUUUGCCAUUGCCAGGAGAGUGAACUCUGCAUGAGCUAAAAAGCAUGUUAAUGUGGAAGCUGGAUUUCAAGCACUUACACAGCUGAUUUUCAAACUGACAAGAUUAGUAAAGGUUGACUUUCGCUAGCAGAUUACAAAGUAAUGACAUAUCAGGGUUGAUUUUCACUUUGAGGGACUGUUUUUUUUUCUCUGUUUCAUAGUUGUAAUGUGCUGCUGGAAUUGCUUAAGCCAUGGAUAAUUAUUUAUACGGUAAGGUAAAAAAUAUGUAAGUCAUUUUUUUGUCUUUUUAAUUUCCUUAAUACAUGUACAACAACAAUAACAAGGUCUAUUAUUGUGUUAUUCUUAUAUCUUCAUUCAAUUUGUUGCUUCACAAAGGUCUUUCACCAAAUACUAAGAGCUAUCCAUCCAUUCUACUGAAAGAAAAGUUGUUGGAAGUCUUAGAGACAAAAGAGGUACUAGAUGGUCUGCUGAAGGCACUUGGUUUGAAAGAAGAAGCUUCCAAGCAUUUCAAGUCAGUACAUGAAGUGGUGUAUAAUUUUGAAGAGAGGCAUGGACAGCUUUCUCUACCAAACUGGAAAAUUAUCUUUGAAGAAACUGGUUGUUUAGAAGACUUCCUUGGUGUCAUUGAAUCUUUCAAUGAACAACGUCAUUCUCCAGGUAAAAACAGUGUAGAGAAGCCUCAUAUAGCUUUUUAUCGCAGCAUAAAAAUAAAUCUAAUCGGAAAGCUGCAUGAAAUCCUGUUGCAUAUUCUGUAUUUUUUUAAAAUUAUUUAUUUUCAGCUUAGUAUUUAUAGUGACUUAACAUUCUUCCAGUCUGUCUGAUUGUAAUGUAAAGGUUCUUUAUUUUGUGUUAUCAUGUUGACUGGGUUGGGAUAGAAUAGUUCUGCAAAGGCUUAGUAAUAUUAAUUAAUGUCACUAUUCCGCUUAAGAUAUGCAUGAAAAGGUAACAAAACUAAAAAGCGCACGCAGGCAAAUAAGACAAUUACUACAAGAUGGCGUAAUAAGGGGGGGGACACAGCCCUGUGGCAGGUUCUAGCGACCUCAGGUUAUGCGCACAGCAAAAACACAAGCCUCACUUAUCCCCUCACCACCGUGAGGUAGGACAAGUGUAUUGGCAGAGCCUUUCUUAUCUCCUUAGCGCCGCACGGGCUGGAUCGGACAAGAUUAAGGGAAAUGAAUAAGAUGGCAAGACACAACCCAUACGAAACGUGCAGCACUGCUGCAGCGCUGCAGAAUGACUUCAAGAAGCGCUACAAAAGAGCUGUAAAAAGGCUGGCUGCGGCAGUAGCAAAUUUUGGCUGUUUCGCGCUGCAGUGGAAAGCCCUUUGACAGCGAUAAACAGCGCUUUUGCAGCAGUGCAGAAGAUUCCGGAAUCACGAUCUGCGCUGCAAAGUGGCUUUGAAAAGACAAAGAACGUUGUUACCCGUAAUGGCCUACCACUCGUUAGUACAAAAAAAAGAAAUGCAGACUUCAAUAAUACAAUAAUCAUGAUACAUGGUAGAGGAGUUGACAAGGCCUUACUAGCAGAGAAAAAACCACUAGAAAGUCAAAAUGCAACUGAUACUUUAUUAGUAUCCAGGCGUACACGUUACAAAUUCACAUGACAUAACAAAUCUGCAACAUUCUCGCUUUGUAAAUAUUCAGGAAUCAUGGUCACUCAUCUAAAUGUAAGAACAUCCAUUAACAUGCAGACAUAAAAAUUGAUCUUUUUUAAAAAUAAAGAGAAUAACAGUGAUUGUUCUACACAAAGUUUACACGGACAGCAGCCAAGUUAUUAUUUUGAUUCAUUGCAACGGGUUAAGCUUGACAUUGCUCACCUUGACGUUUUGUCCAUGAUCCACGAUCUGCUACACUCUUUUCACUAAAGAAAUCAACCCAAUUUUACUUUGGUCGUCGUUAAAUUUUACAAUGGACUAAGGAACGUACAUUGUCUUGAAUGUUUUUAAGUGUAAGUUCAUGGGAACUCCAGCUGAGAUUCUUGUAUCUGUUCUGCUUACUCUGGUUUGAUUCGUCGGUACUCAGCGUAGAAGUCACUGUACAGUGCGUUGUUUACAAAUACCUUUGAGCUGUUCCAUCCAAAAACAUCAACAGAACUUCCAUCUCGAAACAGAACUAGAUGCAAUAAACUUUAUUAAUGUUUGCGCCUUUCAUUCAAUGGUCACAAAUGUUUUUCUCUGAGGUGUACAUGUAAUGGGAUCUUAUGCAAAAGUACCGACCAAUUAGAUUACGACCUAGAAUGUCUCCAGGGAAUUAGCGAUAACAUUCCCACACUCGCAAGUUGCGGAAUGAAAUUUAUUGAAAUCUUUUUUCCGAAAGCAUAGAAUUUGGAGGUUUAUUCAAUAUUAAGUAAUCUUCCCUGCCGACAAGCUUACUCACUUUUCUUAGAGGUGCAGUCAAAGUUUUCUCGUUAUAAAAACCAUAAUCUGUGGCAAGGCUUUUCUGGUGAUUCAUGUUACUGACGCUCAAGAACGUUGCGCUUUCAGAACGACUGAAGCUGAAUUGCAGCGUUACUGCAGCUACUUCGCAGCAUUUUAAAUUCGGCAACUGCGCUGCGAAACUGCUGCCGAGAGCUUCAAAGGCUGCACAGCGCUUUUGCAUCCCGCUGCAACUUGAAUUAAGCUGCUAUUUGGCUUCUAAAAUGCUGCUAAACAGCUGUAAUUUAGCUGUACAGCUAUUUUGAAGUGAUUUUGUAGCGCUGUACAGCGCUGCAAGUUUCGUACGGGAAGCAAUGCCAAAAGCUUGGGGGGAGUCGCAACGCAGACUUAACCACACCACAAGGAGUGACCCCCCAAACUUUAGUGAUACCUAACACAACAAAACUGCUCCAUAGGGUGGGAGGGUGGGUAACAAAAUUACUGUAACUGUUUGCUUUCGUGCAAGCUAGACGAAUAAUGACCAGGUCUGAAAUAGCAGAACUUUAUAGCUAGACAGCGUCUUAAAACUCGACCAAUGAAUACAGUUGUACCAUAAGCUACCUAGUCUUAUCAUGAUUAAAGUCUAGCCAUGAAUAGGGCCUUGAAAACAGGGACCAAUCUGCGCGAUGCUAAGAAAAUAUGAUGACAAACAUACGACAAAUUAGUCAGGUUCCAACCACGAACAGCUUUGUUUGUAUCUUAAAAUUAGCAUGCUUUCGUUCAUAAAUAAGGCUUUAGAGAUCGAACAGAGCAUACAUUACCGUCUGGUAAAUGUCUUAAUAAAUUUAAUGCCUGGUGCUGUGCUCUGAGAGCAACUGAGGAGAGCCCAGAAGCUUGUCUUAUAAUUAGCCUGUAAAAUCCAGCAUGUCCAACAGAGAAGUAAUGUGUAAAUAGAAGCUCUAGAUAACAAACUCUUGGGAAGAGGGGUAACCGGCCCAAGGUUAACAAUCAAGAGGAGACAGGUUACCUUUGAAUGUCGAAAUCUGAACCCUUUACAAAUUCAAAUUCGUCUCCCAAAACAGUCUCAUUACCGCAAUUUUGACACAACAGCAACCCACAUGUAUGCUUCUUACCUCAGCCCUGCCUACGUGUAUGACAUACUGCUUGUUUCAAAUGUGACAAUAACUGGAAAAAAUGCAAGACUUAUUUAAAUCAAUUGUUACAGUUGACCUCCUGCGCAUGCAUGAAGAACUUGAAAGGGUAAUUUGAAUUCAUCAUCAGAUUUUACAUAACAGUAUUUUACAUUAAAUAUCUACACCUUUACGUUCUUACAGCUGUACUAAGACUGCAUCAGCAAUAAUUAUUUAUGUAGUGAUGACUGAUAAGAAAUUAUCUAUUUUAAUUUGUGGCUGCCAUGCACAAAUGUACCUGUAGGUCUAGGACCUAUUCCUGUGGCUAACCCCCGUACUGUUGGUGAUCAAAAAAAUGAUGAAUCAGGGACAACUUUUGGGGAUGGUGAGUACUGUUAGUGAAGGUGCAUUGUGUGAGUAAUAUUUCACCAUAACUUAGCACUGAGUACAUGUACACUGUAUAAAUUACUGACACAUAAGAUCUGUUGUAGGACUUUUCAAUGAUUGAUUUUUUGGUGCUAUAUUUGUAAUAUUACUUUAUGAUUACUUUUUACUGGACAGUGCCAGAAGUACAUUGUGUAAUAUAACCCUGGGCUCAUUGUUCAAAGGUUGAUUAGCAGUAACCCCAGCUUAAAUUUUAAUUAUUCUUUUGUGUAAAGCAUAAAAUUACGCGUACUUUUUUAUAUAAUUUCUUCUUUUGUUUUUACCAAGACACAAUAAUAAAUAAAUAAAUAAAUAAACUGAAAAUUUGCUUUUUAAGCUUUCAUAUCUAAAUUCAAAUUUUUUACUAACCCUAGGUUAUUUAAAUCCAGUUUUGAACAACCACAACCCUGUUCCAAGGCAGGAGAUUUUUGGAGAACCAGAUGAAUCAAACUUUACCUCCCAUUAUAGAAUGAUGCAUUCUGUAGAUCAUAUGCAAGACUGCCAUGCAAAAGAAAAGGAAAGCAUUGUAUCUUCAUGUGUACUGGCUCUCAAUUUUUAACUUAAAUUCAUUACUAUACUGUCUUAUUCUCACUUAAUUCCAGGAGGAAUAAAUUUCGGAAAAAUCGUAACAUAUUUCACGAGUAAAUUUUGUGAUUUUAAGAGAAUUUUUAGGAAUUUUUAGCGAUUUUUUUAUUUGGCGAGUAUUAAGUGAGAAUAAGGUAAUUCACUUACCUAAUUUCUUAUGCUUCCCCAGGUUUGGUUCCUCCCAAGGAAGUCAGUGGGCAGUUACUGGCAAUGUCAGCAACAUUUUCUGACCAACUUGCAGUCAGUGAACUAGAUAAUGGCUCAGUGGACACUGCAGCGGCAGCUAGAAAGGUGACAGAAAGACUCUUGUCUCCAUCUGAUGCAAAAAUGCCUUCAUCUAAAGUGUGGCCACCGUGGAGUUUGCCUGCCCCUUUUUCAGAGGAUAAACAGUCUGACGACCUAACUAACCUUCCCAAUGAAAGCUCCACUGGAAUUACAGCAGCUGGCAUAGAUGAUAGUGGGGUUUUCUCUGUUUCAUCCAGAGACAACAGUGUUGUAUUGUCAGGUGAUAAUGCAUCAUCAUUGUUAUCAUCAUCAUCGUAUGCAGAAACAACAACAGCAGCAGAAGAAAUAGUGGCAUCACCAAACAGCAUUGUCGUCCCAGAACAGCAACGCAUGACCUGUGUCACAAACCAGUCCACCUCCAUUGUGCCAAGCCAGUUUGGAUGCUUACCAGGGUCUCAAACCAGUACUCCCGUUGUGUCACGGAGAAGUGCAACGUCACUAGUGUCAAAAUCCAGUAUGCCAUCAGCAUCACAAACCAGUGCGCCUUCGAGUGGCAAAAGCUCCAGUAGAGUCACAAGGCAGCCCUCUACUUGUGCCUCAAAUAGAAUGGUUGAUAACCAGUUUUUGUCAUUAUCAGCUGAAAGCAUCAGUGACACAGGCCAGCAGCUGCAGAAUGAAAUUUCCAGAACUGAAGAACAUUAUGAUUCAUGUUCAGCAUCGUCAAUAAUCAGCUCUGAAAUUUCAAGCCAUGGAUCAGAAGUUCAUGUAUUACAACGCAGGGAAACUGAGAAUAAUGAUACUUCUGAAAACGGUGGUCUCCUAGAAGAAUUCCAAAAGGUAAAUAAAUUUUAAUUCUUUAAAUACAAAAAAUUUGUAAGUCUUGUCUUAUAUAAUGGUGUUGUUUGGUGGUGUACAUGUACAGCUGUUAGGUACAUUGGGGCUAUCCAUCAGAUUUUUCAUUGUCUGACUUUUUCUUCUUUAGAAAAUUGAGGAGCUUCAAUCAAGUGUUAAUUACUUGACACAGGUCAGUCCACUUGUUUCAUGUAAGACAACCUGGCUCAGUUUUGUGUUGGACCUCCACCAUACAUGUAACUCAUAAAAUAUAUGAGUGAGCUAGAACUUCCACUUUUCGCCAUUAUCUUUUCAAGUUUGUGGAGGGAGGGUGUCUGUGAGAGGUGUGGGAUCAAAUGGGAUGCCUUUAUUACAGGUUCUUUGUAUGGUGGCUUUUCUGUUUAAAUUGUACACUACAAUCUGCAUGUUUAACCAUGAGUAUUUAACCUACCUAGUUUUGUUUAUUUCCCUAGCUGGCCUACUAAGUUAUUCAUAGGAGCAAGACAAUUCUGGUUCAACCUGAGAAGGAGUCUUACCUAUGGCAUAAUAUUUUGUACACUGUACAUGAUCAUUGAUUUUUGACAAUUAAGCCAUUAUAGCAGGAUGUCAGAGAUACAAAAAACUUAAAAACUUACAGUACAGUCACACACAGCUGUAAAAUGUAAUUAAUUUGCUUAUAUUUUUUGAAAAUUUAUUAGAAGCUACAAACAAAGGAAUUACUCUAUAAAAAUCUUGAGGUACGGAACAGCAAUUUGCGAAUGGAGUUGAUGGUAAGUCUGCUGCAAAAUUACAUGCUUCAUAAUGCUAGUACUAAUUGAGCCCACAGUUCCUUCUUUGCUUACAUGCACAGCUGUAAUGACUGUUGUUCUAAGACUUGGAUACUGCUCUAGUCUUGGCCUUUUAUAUACAAGAGAGUAAUUGUGAAAGUGCUUAGAAAAAGGCCCACGAGAAAAUUGCCUUCCCCUCUUGCGCAUGCGUCCGUUAUCAGGCCACGCUCAUACCACAACUGUUACUUCCAUAAUCUCUUCCCAGAGACUGGGUAUGUUAUAGUGUGUAUAUUAAAGGCACACUGUAUCUCAAUGUUAUGGUUAGACUUUUCUUAAAUAUAUACACAUACAGGGAACAUACAUCAUACACUGGAUAAACUACAUAAGUUUUUUUCUUUGUCAUCAGCAUACUUAUUUAACAGGGGCACCCAACGAGAAUAUAGUUGAAAACUACUUAAACAUAGCAUUGUUAAACGUAUUUUAGUAUUUAAACGGUAGAUAAAGGCAUAUUUUUAUCCCCUAAAAAUUUUUCAUCUGUUCGGAUUUCCUAGCUGAAAGUCUAGUGAUCCGAAAAUUAUAGGGAUCAAAACUCGCCUUUUCGAAAAUUUCAGCCAGAAAAAAGGCUCCUGAAAAUUCUAGGUGACCUUUUGAGGGUAAAAAUCCGUUAAAAAUAGGCAAUUAUACAAUUUUUUAUAUGUUCGAAAAUCCUAGGAGAGGCAGGCAAGCAAGAAAUUUUACAACAAAUGUUCCGAAAAUUCUAGAUCUCAGAUCGUCUCCCGAACAGAUAUUUUUCCGAAAAUUGUCGUUGGGUGCCCCUGAUUUAAGAGGAAUUUCUGAGUUUUUUAUUCUUAAAUUUGAUAUGUUGAGGGUAGAGUGUAACUACAAGUCAUAGCAAUAAUAUAAAGAGAUGUGUUCUAAUUGGUUCCAGCAAUGUGUUUGAUUUUAGAGGAAAAUGUUUUUUUUUUAACCAGAAUUAGUAGGCCUUCUUUUUUUGUUAACAUCAGUCACUUUUUUAUUCAGAAUUGUAGGGCUACAUGUGCUGAUUUGGAAGAAAAACUUCGAGAGGUAUAUCUGACUAUACAUCAUUGUACACUUAUAAUUAUUUAUUUUCUAUGUUAAUAAUCUUAUUGCCCCGGCAGGGAUUUCCCCCAGAAGGCGAAAUCCCGAGGAGGCACUCUAGUGACUCGCGCGUAUAUUAAGGAAAGUAUUUACAGUUGAAAUAUACAAUCAUACAGUCAAUAUAGAAAAACAUCUCCAUUUGCUUGAACAGGGGCCGCGAGGAAUCGGUCGGUAAUGAUGACGUUUCUAUUGUUUGCGCCCGCAAGUAAUUUUAGUACGAAAUGGUUAGGAUGACGUAAAACACAAAAAAUCCCGAAGGAACGGCUUACAAUAGGUAGAUUUUGUGACAUUGCAGUCAUACUUCGAUACUCUUUUGCGUUAUGUGUUAUCAGUGACAUUCUAUGGAGCAUGCAGUUGUUAUGAAAGUUAUGGACCAAAACACACUACCGUUAAGGGCAGAUGAAGUUAUAAGGUGCGGAGAACAGUCUAUAUUUUAACACUAAGUGAGUUUGCCAGACACGAGUUCACAAAUCUAUGAUUGGAAACCUUCAGCUGAACCUUGCCAGACACUUUCUCUCUCUUUGACCGGAAUAAGACUCGGCCCAAAACAAGCAAGACGAGUGAAUGAUUCAACGGCUAGCUUAUCAGUAGCAGAACGAUGAACGAUAACAGAAAUUCGCCGACCAUCAAAUUCCGUCUACAGUCUACAGACCUUUCACAGGCAGAAAUUAUGUCAUCAUUACUAAGAUUAGAACGCCAACAAGAAAGAUUUCUUAAAAUCCACUUCGAAUUCGAUUUAUACCUGUUUUCAGACCCAAACGGCGCAAAAACCGUACCCUUCGGGGGGCACAAACCUUUAUGGCUUAUAUAAGGGAGUGCCCCCCGGGUUCAUUUGUGGCUGAGAUUACAGCGGCGUGAAAGCUCUGAGGUCAAAGAUGUGGGACAGGGCAAGAAGAUUUUCCUAGCAAUUAUCUACUGGUUUACUUUGUUUAGAAUUUAGCAUUCUUUGAGGCACCAAACAGCUGUGAGACCACACUAUCAGUGAAAAAAAAAAAACAAUUGGUGAAAAGUAUAAUUUUGGAGAGCUCAUCACAGCUUAAUCUAAUACAGUCGAACCUCUAUGUCCGACCACCUGUUGUAAGCGACCACCUCCCAAAAGCGACCGCCAAUCCAAAACACCAAAAUAUUCCCAGUCAAAGCCUUACAGUUGGAACCGCUAAUAAACGACCACCUCCUGUAAGCGACCGCGACCACUUUUUGGGCCUCACGGUUUAUGAUUUUCCAUUGUUUUCAGCCUCUUGUAAGCGACCUUGUGACACAUUCUCUGAUCUCUAUUUUUCCUGUGUGCACUAUGUUACUUAGAACGAAGAACUUUAGUGACAACAUGGAACUACACAUAUCCUAACUUAGGCAUUGCGUGCAAUAAAUUGUCUUCCGUGAAGUAGAUGUGCCUGGACCAAUUCUCGGAAGAGACCUCCUGGAUGGUUCGAUUCUUGUAAACGACCACCUCCCGUAAGCGACCACUCAGUGUUUGCGUCUUGGGUGGUCGCUUAUGGGAGGCUCGACUGCGCAGCAGUAUUUUCAAUUGGUUUAUUGGAACACUCCUAAAGCUCAUGCAAGUACACAUGGGGUUCCCUUCCCCCUCUUACACUGCAAUCAAUGCAAAUCAUUUUUUGGCAUAAAACAAAAUGCAAUUAAUGGAAUGAUCACAAACUAUUGUACAACAUCUGCCACAUUCUUUCUCAAACUCUAAUUCUUUAAAACGAGUUGCAAUUUCUUGUGCCGCGUGACUCAUUUACAGCUUGUACAAGCUCAAAUUGUUGGUCUGUCAAACAGCUGGUCAGUAAAUUUCCACAAUCUGUUAUACUUGGCCUGUGUUCAUGUUCCUGUUCUCUGAUGCACUUUAAGAUCGAUCUUAAAGUAUUUCUCCCUCUUAAAGUGUUUUUGUAGAUCACGCUUGUUGGUGAACAAAAUGAUAAGUAUAAUGAUGAUAAACGAAACAAGGAAGCUCUUAACUUGAAAAUGUAGGCCCUAGUUUCAGUCCACUCCUGUCUUUUGUCAAAUACACUUUCUAACAGGCACAUGUACUAGUAGACUGGCUUAGGUUCAACCAUGGCACUCUUCAAGGUACCUAAAUCUUAGAGACUUUGCCCAUCUAACCGAUAUACUGUGUAAAUAAUAAAUAGCCAUACUGAUUUUCGUACUCUUUUUUAGUCUACUCGUCUUAUAAAGGACAGUACAGCGUUGGUGGCUGAUAAUAAGCAGUCAAUCAACAUGUUGCAAGAGGUACAGGAUUACCUGCAAGUACAACUAAACAUAGUCGUUAAGCUUAAUAUAUAAAUUUAGCCAAGGACAAAAGCAAAACUCUCCGUAAGAACUUUUAAGAAAUGUCUUUCUGAGGUAAAGUUUCCUGAGCCUGCGAUCCUUUGAAUACCAUAACUCGCCGAACUCGCCAACUUUUAAAAACACGUCACCUCACUGAGAUGUAUAUGUUGUGGUUUCAUUUUUAACCUUGGUUUAAAUUUUAUUAUCACACAUUACCAUACCCCAAAACAAAACAAAUAAAUUUUAAACCAAGGAUGUAAUUAAACCACAACCUAUACACCUGAGCCCGCAAUACAGUGAUGUGACACUGAUCAGCGUAUACCAUAUUUUGACAGCUGUCAAUUGAUCAUAACAUGAAUGUCCAAUUAAUCAAGUUAAGCAAAAGAAGUGUGGACGUAACGGUAAUGCGGACGAUUUUGGCUGAACCAAAAUUUCUUGGAUGCAUAGAUAACCGUAUAUUUUUAACCAUGGUGCUCCGAGCUUGCGAGAGCUCUGCUAUAAUUAUCCCUUUGAAGGUCAGCUGCACUAAAAUGGCAAUGGGCAACUUACAUAAGUGCUUUACUGGCUGCUUCCAUUCUGAGCCAAAAUGCUCAUUGAGACCUUUCUUUAAGUUUACACAUGUGCAGGCUAUCGAUCCCUUAACCAUCCAGUAGUUUUCAGAUCGUCUAAUUUACAUUAUUUUUAUAGUUUAUUAAACUGUACAUGUAUUAAUUGUCCUGAACAAAUGCACAGUUACAUUAGUUUGCUCGAUGUUGCAGGUGGUUAAUAAAGAACAAGAGAAAUGUAACAUGCUUCAAGAGGUAUUUAUACCGAACUUUAUAAUAUAAUGAAGUAUUGAUGCUGAUUUCCAUAUGAUUGCUGCAAUCCCUACGAGAGUAGAGAUAAGUUAGCAAUUGCAGUGAUUAUGUAAAGCCACUGUUAGAUCAAGCUAAAAAAACUGAGCAUCAGCACUAUUUCUGAGCAUUCAAAUAAACGAUUUGCAUCAGGAAAAUAUGUGCCCAUGCACAACGUCUGCCACUCAGUCUAUUAGACGCCAGGGUCCAGUUGUUCAAAGGCCGAUUAAUGCUAAGUUCUUACACGAUUUUACAGUAUUUAGAAUUUUUAUUGUACUUCGUCCUUGCAAGUGAUUGGAAUGCUCCUUUUUUUUUUCUCACGUAUCUAUUGAAGAGCAGAGUAUGUUUGCAUAGUAUUACUAGCCAUGGAAUCAUGCAUGCAACAAAUUGUGGAAUUGAAAAACGCAGCCCAGUGUGCGUCACUUAUAUUAUUUGUAGGUGAAGUUGUUUCAGUAUAUUGGCCUAGUCUAGUUAUUGUUUCUUUUAAUCAUGGUUUAAUCGCACAUUUUUUAAUUGAAAAUUAAUCUACCUACAGCACAUUAGCCAAUCAGAUGCAACAUAUAGCUGUGCUAUUUCUAGUAUGCAAGCUCUAAGGAGAGAAAAUCAGGAAGUUGUUGAGGUAAUCGAAUAAAGAGAGUCCAUGUAAUUAAUAUUACUUAAUGUUAUACUGGAAUGCAUUCACAUUCUUCUUGAUCCAUCCUAGACAAAGGGAAUGUGCUUCCUAUGACUUCUUCAUGCCAUGAACCUUGCUGUUGCGCUCUCCCUUUUUUUUACCUUGUGGAAUUAUGCAACCGUUAACUUUGUAAUGUGGGGCAUGUUUAAGACCUAACUUUGACGUUUUCGACUAGCAAAACAAUCCUAUGUGUAUGAUCUUUCCACAACGUCAUAUAACCAUGUUUACUCCAUUAUAGUAUAUCGCCUUGUUCGGUUUCAUUUCUUUACCCAUUUUUCCACGUCUAAAAUUGUACCCAGGAAACACCCCGUCAUUCAAACACUCAGGAGGAAGAAGGAAACGCAUUGUACAUCGCCAAAAGCAUAAGGGUUAUAUGCUUCUGACAUCGCUAAAGGAAAUGUUGCUAGUAUUUGAUUCUUAUUGAAAUGUUAAAUCAAGGAAGCUAAUAUAGGCAAAUCUUCCAGUCGUUAGCGUCCCUAAGGCGGCAGAUGGAGGAAGCACAAGAGAGGCCCGAGACAUCCGUGCAAGAAGAGCGUCGGCGUUUAAGAAUGGAACACGACAAGUUUAUUGAUGAACUCCUUCUUGCAUUUAAUAACACCGAAACAGACAAAGUCAAGGUGUUGAAAUUGAAGUUGUCAAAAGAAAAAGAGAAAAGAAGACGCGUUGAAAAAAGAAAGAAGGAAAUUUCCAAGGUAAAGCCCAAAAUGUACCGUCAGCAGUAAAUAUAAUUUUCGUGAGUUAAUCGCGGACGGAUUAGGACGUUUAAGAGACGCUUCGACUCGAACUAUAGAAAUAAGAACAAUAACAAUAACAAUAACAAAAAAAAUAAAGAUGAUGAUAAUAAUAAUAUUAAAAUUAUCAUCUCCACUUGUGGAGCUUUUCAGGGAUAAUGAAACAAAUAAUUUAAAUGAAACAUAAACAUAUUAAGAAUUCCAAACCAGUUGACUAUUUUAUAAGCGUGGCAAAAGAUCUUAACUCAGAACUACCGAGAACAAAUCCAGGUGGUGGUCAGAGCGGGACUUUGAACUCGCGGGCUUUGGAUUACCAGUCCAGCGCUCUAACCUCUCGGCCAUGCCACCUCCUACAGAGGAUGGAGAAAACGACUAUUUGUUUAUUCAAAGGGGAAGUGUCUCGAAUAGAACAAUUAAAAUAUGUUUUGACGUCACUUUAAGGUAAAUUGAGUAGAUGCAGCUCAUUAGUUAGCAAAAGGCUUCUUUGACCCUUUUCAGUCUUUACUCUUUCAUUACACUGUAUUGUUCUUACCGUAGGCAAAUAAACUGUGCCAUUUCAAUGAUUUUGAUACAAGUAACUAUAGUGAGUCCUGUGACUCAUCAAAGGGAAAAUCAUGAGUCCCAGUCCAAAACCAAUGGGUUGUAAAUUGAAAAUGCUUGGGUCUUUGUGUACCCGGACAGUUACCUUUUCAACACAGUUUUUAACGCCAAAUCUCAGUAUCACUGUAUACUGAAAUUAAACUACAGUCGUCCUUUUUUAAAACACAAGAUAGACUAAGAAAAAUGUGCAUCAUAAUGAGAAACAACAGCCACAACAUAGACCGCAAAUAUCACACGAACAAGAUAUUCUAAAAACAAAACUUCAAAUCGAUCGAUCGAUCUUUACGUCCUUCAGGAAGCAUGUCAUGAAUUAAUUUACGUCUUUGGGGCGUUUUAUGCGUCAGGGACCUGGGAAGCAGAGGUAACAAAAUCACCGCCAUUUUCUGUAGAAGGGUGGGAUAAGAGUAGUAUAUGAGUUAGCAGAGGUUUGAACCUCAGGGCGAAGUACUGCCUCGGAGGGUGGGGUAGAGGCAGGCAACUAAGUUACAUUAUAGGUGACUGUCAAAAAUUAGUAGACAUUCGGGCGAUUUGGGUAUGUCGUGGUCAAACAAGUAAGCCUGCCUCAGUUGUAGCGAAUAAGCGUGCAAUUCAAUUCUUAAUUUUUUAAUUUUCUUUUUUCUUUUACGCCCUUUGGGACAUUUACACAAGUUAUAUUUAUACAAAUAAAAGAAGAAAAAAUGACAUUGAGUAUAAUCAUUAGGCUAGUAAGAGGUAAUGUACAUAUGUGUGCGUUGUCCAAAGUAGCAAAAGCUUUCUAGUUAGAAACCGCCACGUUCAAAUAAAUGGUAGCAGAGAGAAAAAAAACCUUCCCUCAUUUGCGUUCCUGGGGACGUUGAUUUACACUUGUAUUUUAGGAGAAAGAGAAACUGAAGGCAUUGGUUCUAAGGCAGGGGGAGAUAGAGGGAGAUAGCAUUGCUCCUGCAGCUGAAGCGUGUGGAGGUGAUUCAAAUGGGCAGAACUAUGAGCUUACAGAUGCUGAAUCCUCUAGCAGCGCUAGUGAGGUACAAGUAUGCAUGGACACUGAAUAUUUCUUAGGGAUUCGAUAAAUCUAAUAUUAGUUGUCGUUAAGUACGGUAUUUUUAAACAACAGCUAAAUUGAAUCAGCACCUCAAUAGCCUGAGAAAACAGCCCACAUUUCGCGAUUCCAUCACUAGUUUCCCUCUAGAGAAACCAGUGCAGAAAUUCCAUACAGAUGACGCGUCACUACCCAGAUCUGGAUAGUGCCUCUGAUUGGUUGAAGGAAAUUUUCAGCCAGUCAAGAUUACAGCUAUAUUAUGAGUCCUUCAAAAAGACAGCUCAAGUUUUUUUUACUUUUGUUUGUUGUCAAUAUAUUUUUCUACGUUUCCGCGGUAAUCGAUUGAAGAGUUUGUAUAAUUGAUUAUCGCUUCACUUAAGGUUUUCGAUCAACGAUCGAUUAUAAUCGAUGAUCGGCACAUUACUGGGUUUGAGUGUGCAUAUAUCAUAAGACGGUACUUGUGUGUUGCGUGAAAAGAAUAGGUUGGCUCAUGAUCUAAUUUAGCAGUCAUGUGCUGUUCUCAUCUUACGCCUUCUUAUCCCAUUUUCCCAGUUUUCUUCAGGUGGAGCGGAAGUUAAUGAUCCAACUCAGUCAUUGCGGGGUUCCAGCCAGCACUCAGGUAAACAAAUUGAACAAUAGUGGGUGGUAGAAAUGUAACGAUGCAACGUACUAGUGACGUAUUGCCGUUGUAAGUCUUCAGGUUAUUCACUAUAGAUAAUAAGCGCGAUAGUUGUGUUACUUGUCGAUAGUUGCGACAGUUUUUAAGUAAUCUUUUGUAGUCCUUUUUCAUGCAUAAUUGAUAUAUUUUUCAUAUUAUUAUUAUUAUUAUUAUUAUUAUUAUUAUUAAUUCCAGGAAAGUCCAUGCAUAGGGGAAUAGACUCCCUUUUCAUGUUUUGAUCUUAGCUUAGUAAAAAUGGCGGGUAGCCGAAAUUUAUCCAUAUAUCCUGUCCUGUGGUUUUGUUGGAAUAACAAAGGCUACUCCGUAAAUAUACUUGCACUUGUAAAAGUGACCUCAAAGGUCACCCCUAGCAAGUAGGUAACCUUGACAGUUGUUGCCUAUUUAAGGAGAAAGUAUACGUUCAAAACGUUUCUAGGUGUGCAUACGCCCCUCCGAGGCUGGCCCUGGAUGUCCAAUCUCCAUCGUUGCGCGCUCACUAGGCUCCUAACGGUAGAUAGUGGAUAGAUCCCGUAUUUUGCCAUGCUACCGAAAAGCUUCCCACCCGUGCCUUUUAAGACCUUAUUGCAGGUAAUAACUUGUCUGUGUAAAAACUUAGAAUGUUAUCCUUGUCUAUUUCUCAUCUCCUCUUUCUACAAAAAUCAUCUAUAUUACGUUUGUGCCUUAAACGUAAUGAAAAAUUGAUAGCCUACAGAGAUACUAUCGAAGUCAGACAGAAUGCAACCUAAAUACCUUAACACCUCAUAUCUAUAGUUUCCUCUAAACACUCUUAUAUACUUAAAUAAACGACUUUUUUCUUUAUUUCUUAAAAUGCCGCCUAGGAUUUAAAUUGCCCGUGGGGGGAAAUCUCUAUUCCUCAUAAGCUCGGCUUCUCGGAGAUUUCCCCGCCACAGUCACUCCUCCCAAGUAAUGUACAAAUUUUAAAUUUAAUGUUAAUUAACCUAUUCAUUAUCGUUUUUAUUCUGCUUGUAAUUCGUUGUGUGUGGCAAAAUAAUAAAAUAAAUCAAUAAAAGAAAUAAGUGAAGUAUUUCAAAGCUUUUACAUUCCACUGACGUUUCCCUUGCAGACUCUGGAGAAUCUAGUGAUGAGGAGCCGCUGUUUGAAGAUGCCGAGGAAUACCUCUGAGUUUCUCCUCCAAACUUACCCUGAAUGUACAAUGUUAACACUCAAGGACUUUAUCCUCAACACCAUAAUGUGACACGCUGUUUGCCAAUUACCAAAAUUUCCGAAAACUACAGUUGGCAAGUUUUACGUGGAAGACAAGUGUUCAAUUUACUACCCAAUUUAAUGGAGAAAAGUGGUUACGCCGUGAAAACCUAAGGGGCGUGGAACUGGUGAAAAACAGGCGAAACUGAUUGUACCCCGAUAGAUGUAACACCCCAUCAACCUCCCCGUUGUAGGAAAUGCCAAAAGAGGGCGUGUUCCACCUACGUUGUAACUGGAAUUGCAGGAAUCUUUUGGUAAAUGGCAGGCAUUACCACAAUAAUCAGGGUCGGGUUGCAAAAAACAGCUUAAGAUUAAGGGAACUCGUAACUAUUCUUUCAAAACAAUAGGUUAUUAUUCCAGAACAUAAGUUAAGGGCCUCCUUAUCUUAAGAAGGCUUUAUGCAACCUGGCCCAGGAUCGUGAAUUAUUAUAUGGAGAAGAGUGUUUUACUGGGAACUAAACCACUCGUAGAUUCCAUACGCCACUUCAUCCGGUACCCGAGUGGCGUAUUUUCCGUAUGUCACCUUUGUGAGUGUCGUAUCGUUCAAUGACGUCACGAUUCCCGCCUUUUGCUUUUGUUGAAUUGGUUUCUCCAUAUAAUAAAAAGAACAUUACACGUUAGCUCGAAGAUAUGAAUUUUAUGUUCUCGUGGCAAGAACAAUAUCUCACUCGUGAGAUAUUGUUCUUGCCACUCGAACAUAAAAUUCAUAUCUUCUCGCCACCGUGUAAUAUCCUCUAUUUAUUAUACCGUACUGAGAUUAAUCAUUGAGUUCAUUAGAAGUAUACUUUAUUGUGGAUUUACUUGUAGGUUCCAACUUUUACAAUCACUAACGUGUAUUCAUUUUCAAAGGUGCUCUUAUCUUUUGUUCUCAUAAAUGUUAAGAAUAGGUUCCGAGAAUCGGUUAACAAAAAAUGGUGAGACACAUCACAAGUGUCUUAAGACUUAAGAAAACUGCACGUUAUUUUGUGCAGAAAAUUUUUCUCACCAGAACGUUUAUAACGAACGAACGUUUGUAUACGAACUUUUUUAUCUUGUGGGUGUUGAGUCGGUUUUGAUGCUUCAAAUAUAAAAAAUUUUAAAAAAGAAAGAAAUGAUAUAUGAGAAUAUAGUUUCAGAUAGUACAGGAAAGCGUAUAUUACAGUGAAAUAGAAUGUAUGGG